AUGAAGAUGUACGCUGCAAACGGCAACGCCGACGCCUGCUUGCCUUCAGUCAUCCAGCCAUCAGUCAUUGCAGCUGCGGAUAUGCAACAGCGGUUUGUGGAUGUUUCCAGCAUCACCUCAACCAUGUGGCAAGCAAGCCUCCCUUCGGACGGGAUCCGCUUCGUAGUUCUGACUGAGGUAAACAAGGAGCCUGAUACAUGCAGAGCUUGUUACGGCAGACUUUUCUUCCAAGAUGAAGUUGUGAAGGCUUCACCUGCAUCCCUUGUAGCCAGCAGUCGCCCGGGCAAUGCCAAGAAUGAGAAGCUGGGUGAGGCUAUACAAGACGGCGUCAGGGUGCAAGUUGAGGAAAGCACGAUGCUGCCGAUGCGGACACGGUUUGCGCAACUUGAACUCGCCCUGGCCUUGAACACCGAGGCAAGGUACACGGUGGAAGACCACAUUCUGGAGCUGAAGAGAACUCUGCAGGCGGCGGAGGAGGCUAAUGUUGAGGAUCCAGAGCUUUUCAGUCGUGGGCGGCAAAGGCUCUCGGAACAAGAGGAGGAGGUACGAAGGCAGAAUGAACGCAAGGCUCUGAUUGCUCUGAGUCAGAACGGAAAUGAGGAAGAGAGACGAGAGGCCAGAAAGAUAUUGGUCUUCCUGGAGAUGGCAGAUGCAGUGGAGGCGCGCGACUUGGAUGCGCUGUUGUCCCUCGUGCCCGAAGCAGAAGCUGCGGUUGUCGAGCCCCACCAGGAAGCUGAAGUUACUGCUGGCUGGCGGUUGAUUCGGGAGCUGGAGCUUGCGGCCGCGCUGAAGCGCAAAGACUUGAAGGAGAUUCGCGAACGUCUUGAAAGAGCUCGUGCUGCAAAUGUUGAGGAGCCAAAGCUUCUCGAAGCUGCACGUAAGCUGGCGUUGGGCGAAAUCAAAGAGGGCAUCAAGUUGAAGGAUGCCGAGAUGCUCCUACGUGCCCUGGACGAGGGCAAAGCCGUAGGGCUGACGGAGAACCAGACGUACACCGGCAGGGCUGCCUACUUGAAGAUGCAGGCUGCUGCUAUUGCUGAGAGCACGGAUGCCGAGGAUUUCCGGAAAGUCCUCGCUGUGGCCGCAGAGAUGGGAUUGCCAGAUCACGAGGAUCUGGUGGCAAUCAGAUGCAGACUGGCACUGUUAGAAUUAUGUCAGGCAGCAGAAGGCACCGACAUCAGCAGGCUCCAGGAGUGCAUUGAUACCGCCAAAGAGCAGGGCGUGGAGAAGGAAGAGAUCGAUAAGGGCACAUUCAGGCUGUGCAUCCUGGAGCUUCAGCAAGCUACAACAGACUUCGAUCCAGAACGGCUCAG